UUCGGAUAUGGGGAUAUGGCUGAGUGCUCUUCCUAUGAGAUGUCCAGGUUGACAAUUGCAUUUUUCGCCCUCUCUGGUCUGGAUAUGUUGGAUUCCUUAGAUGUGGUGAACAAAGAUGAUAUAAUAGAAUGGAUUUAUUCUCUGCAGGUCCUUCCCACAGAAGACAGAACAAACUUGAAUCGCUGUGGCUUCCGAGGCUCUUCGUAUUUGGGGCUGCCAUUCAAUCCAUCCAAGGGUCCUGGUAUAUCUCAUCCAUACGACAGUGGCCACAUAGCAAUGACUUACACUGGAUUAUCAUGUUUGGUUAUUCUUGGCGAUGACCUGAGUCGAGUGAACAAAGAUGCCUUAUUGAUUGGAUUGAAGGCUCUCCAACUGGAAGAUGGAAGUUUCUGCGCUGUGCUUGAAGGUAGCGAGAAUGACAUGAGAUUUGUGUACUGUGCUUCCUGUAUCUGCUACAUGCUCAACAACUGGUCAGGCAUGGAUAUGAAGAAGGCAAUAGACUAUAUUAGAAGAAGUAUGUCAUACGAUAAUGGGCUGGCACAGGGAGCUGGGCUGGAAUCUCAUGGUGGCUCCACGUUCUGUGGAAUUGCAUCAUUGUGCUUGAUGGGUAAAUUGGAGGAAGUCUUCUCUGAAAAAGAACUGAACAGGAUAAGAAGAUGGUGUAUAAUGAGGCAACAGAAUGGCUACCAUGGACGGCCCAACAAACCUGUGGACACGUGUUACUCCUUCUGGGUGGGAGCAACUCUUAAGCUCUUAAAAAUAUUCCAGUAUACCAAUUUUGAGAAAAAUAGGAAUUAUAUCUUGUCAACUCAAGAUCGCCUUGUUGGUGGAUUUGCAAAGUGGCCAGACAGCCAUCCAGAUGCUUUACAUGCCUAUUUUGGGAUCUGUGGCCUGUCAUUAAUGGAGGAAUCUGGCAUUUGCAAAGUUCACCCUGCCCUGAAUGUAAGCACCAGAACCUCAGAGCGCCUUCACCACCUCCAUGAGAUCUGGAAAACUAAGGACUCUAAACAGUGUUCAGAUGACAUGCAUAUCUCUACAUGACUGAUUUAGGCUCAAGUUUAGUGUCGUAGCAUCACUGUAGCCCAGGGUUAAAAGCCAUGUAUAACCAAUGUGCUCUUUAAGUGCUGGAGUCCUACAAUCAAAUCCAUGUUCCGGGCAUCACUUUGAUAGCGGACAGCCUUUGGUGAGUUAUUUGGCACUGGGGUAAAAGGAAAUAAUUGCAGUUAUGUAGAAGUUCUUUGCUGCAGGCUCUGUAAAGGCUCUUCAAACAGCUUGUCCUUCUAAGAAAUUCCUUGAAGCAAAUUUAACUCUUCAGUUUAUAUUUUUUUUAAUUAGUGCAUACUGUGUCAAGCUGUGUAACAGGGAAAGUAUUUUCAAAAUCUGUUUACAUAUCAUACAGUAUAGCACUAAAUUUUGGAGUUCUUAAUGACCUUAUUAUUUGACACAUUUUUGGGUAGAGAAUCUCCUACAUUAAGCCUCAUUAAAGGUUACCUUUUUUCAUCUACUUUCAGAU